AUAUAUUUAAUUGUUAUUCCAAUGGCGAAGAGUAGUAGAUUUUUUAACAUAUUUUUCUUUAUUUUGUUGAGUAUAGGAAUAUGCUCAGCUGCAAGAACCCUUAUUGGUCUUGAUGUUGGUGUUGGCGUCUAUGCCGGUGGCGGUGGAGGUGGAGCUGUAGCUGGUGAACAUGGUGGUUAUGCCGGUGGAAGUGGUAGCGGUGAAGGUGGUGGAGGUAGUGGUGAUGGCGGCGGUGGAGCUGCUGCUGGUGGAGCACAUGCUGGUGGAUCUGGUUCAGGUGAAGGAGGUGGAAGUGGUGGUGGAUACGGUGCUGGUGGGGCGCCAAGCGGUGGAGGUGGCCAUGGAGGUGGUUCAGCAUCAGGAGGAGCUAGUGGAGCAUCAGGUGGUGGAUACGGAGGUGGUGAAGGUGCCGGUGGUGGUGCAGGCGGAGCUCAUGGAGCUGCAGGAGGAUAUGGUGGUGGUGGCGGCAGUGGAGGUGGAGCCGGUGGUGGUGGAGCACAUGGUUCAGGUGAAGGAGCAGGAAGUGGUGGCGGAUAUGGUGCUGGUGGAGCACAAAGCGGUGGAUAUGGUGGUGGAGGUGGUUCAGCAUCAGGAGGAGCUGGUGGAGCAUCAGGCGGUGGAUACGGAGGUGGUGAAGGUGCUGGUGGUGGUGCAGGAGGAUACGGUGGCGGUGGUGGAGGUGGAGCCGGUGGUGGAGGAGCCUAUGCCGGUGGUGAAGGGGGUGGACAUGCAGGUGGAUAUGGUAGUGGUGAAGGGGGUGGAUCCGGACAUGGUGGUGGUGGCUAUGCCCCUUGAUAACUUUUUCUCUUCACAAUUUGCAAACACUAUAUGAUUUCCUAUUCUUAUCUACAAUACUAUUAAAAAAUAACAUGAUCAAAUUGUGAUAAGAGGUCUAUUGCUUGAAAGCAAAUUAAAAUUGUUGCAGCAAGAGAAAUGCUCUUAAGCUAUAUGUGUACAUUUGUUUUUUAUAUUCUAAUGUAAGAAAGAUGUCUAAACAAUGAUGUCUUGCACAAUAUAUUUGGUGCAUUUAAUGUAAGAAAAUGGCUUGG